UCCUCACUCGGUCCUCCAUCCAGUCAGUUUACCCAGAGUUCCCACUUCGAGCGGACUGACGAACAAAAAUUCAUCCAGUUUUGAAACAUUCCGUGACUUAGCCUGACAUUAUGGUGUCGGUAAUGCCUCCCAAUCUUGGGGGAUUUUUUAACAACAGUUUUUAUUCUGGUGUGACCAGAGGACAUUCCUCAUAUGUGAGCAUGGAUUCCGCCUCCCAAUAUUGGCCUCAGAACGGUGGGGAGGUGGCUUCAGCGUAUACUACAGCCAGUAAUAGUUCCCGUGAAUGUCAGCCUCAAACGCGUGGGAGGUCAUCGUCAUCCAGAUACAUAUCAUCUGACAAAGUGAAAGGAAGACCAGCCUCGUCCUCUUCCACAGUGCAAUACUUGAGCAACAGCAGUAGCAGCAGCAGCAGCAGCAGUAGCAUCAACAACCCGAUGUCGUUAAACCGAGCAUCCUCGUCCUUGUCCUCAUCCUCGUCGUCGUCGUCGUCCUCGUCUACCUCUUUGAGUUAUCCCAACAGCUCAACCCACUCCAAAUCGAACAGAGUUCAAUGCAACUCUGAGGCUGUGAACCGUAUCGGAAGGCCAGUGGAUGUCUGUUUUCAGCCCUAUGACAUGUCCAAAGGCUCGGGUGGGCCACCCAAAGUGAGGUCGAGGAGAGAGAAACUCCAGAGCAGUGUGAUGAUGAUGCCCUCCGAGGCUGUGAUCGGCAAAAGUGCCACGCUCUAUGUGGACUGCUCCGUAGAGUACGAGCUGCCAAAGAUACCCAAGAUUCCCUCAGAUAGUCUGCCGCUCUUGAAGGUGUGCCCUGGUUAUGAAAGGCCCAAGGCCAAUCUCCAGACCCAGUUGGAACAUCCCAGGUUCAAAAUGCCGAAGAUGCCCACGAAGAACCUGACCUUAACGCCCCCUGCUGGUCCUCAGGACAUUCUGGCGGCACCGGGCAUGUUGCACGGAUCAUCAUCAUCAUCAUCAUCAUCGUCGCUAUUAUCCUCUUCUUUGCCAUCCUCGUUAUCAAAGCCGAGCAAAGCCACUCGGGAUUGCCAACAGUGCAUCAUGGCCUCUAUUUCGCGAAAGCGGCGAUCCAUGGAAUCAGCAACAAUAACUUGUCAAGAUGGUUCCCUGCAUUACAUGAGCCACCUCCACAAUCCCGCCAAUGGGGCAUCCCAAGCCAAGCGGGCACGUAUGGUGUUGCAACAACAACAGCAACAACAACAUCAUCAUCAACAACACCAUCAACACCAUCAACAUCAGCAACAACAGCAACAAACAUUGGUCCCUCCCAUGUGGAACGCCCCUCAAUUCCCGACAAUGCAAACUCAGUUGAGGAUGCCGCCCACUCUUUCUCACACCACGGGUUCCUGCUACUUCCCUCCCAGUCCGCUCACGCCCUCGGAGGAGUUUCUCUAUAACAAAGACCAACAGCUCUACUUUCAACAAAGGAGCGCUGCUAUGUGGCCGGCUUAUGCCACGUCAUCUUGGUUACCCUGUGGAGGCAAUAGUUCCUAUCCCUUUAUGAUGAGCACGCCCUAUCCUAGUCCUUACAUGACGCCCUUGGGCAUGGCCCCUAUGAACAGUAGCAACAACAACAACAAUAGCAACAAUAAUAACAGCAACAACAACAACAACAACAACGGAUCUGUUCCUUGUGGGUGCACUGCGUGCCGUGGUGCUGCUGCUUCCAAGGUCGCACCUGUGAUGAGUGCGGCUUAUCCUGUCACCAAAGAAUUUAUGAUUCAUUCAGGCCGAUAUCGAUCAGUGUAAAAUGAAAGAACAA